GGGCCCCUGGGGCCCCGGGGGCCCCGGGGGCCCCCUCACCUGCCGGCAGGCAGUAGACCCGAACAACUCGGGGCAGCAGCAGCACCAGGCAGGGGCCCCCCUGCCUGCGGAGGGCGGCGAAGAGGACCUGGUGGACCUGAGAGCCCUCAGCUGCGACGUCGAUGAGGCCCUGGGCCCCCAUCGCCUUGGGGGCCCCCCUGGGCCCUGGAGGCCUCGGGGGCCCCCCCGCGGCUGGGCCCCGCGAGGGGCUUCUGGGGGAAAAAGGGCUUAG